AUGUGCAACGAACAGCAAGACAAUGGCGAGAAUGGUGAGAUGCCUAACCGCUUGACGCAACUUCCUCCCCAAGCUCGCCGUGCUGCGCAGACGCAGACUGGACCUCUCUUUCGCCACACCAUCGAAUGGUACGAGGUACCCUCCUACGAAGACCACCCCUCGCUAUCUCCCGCCCGUGUCUUUGGUGCCUCGGACACACUAUACGAUAGCUUGAACAUUCCCGUCCUGGCGCGCGGCGGCUUCCUCGUCACUCUGCCCAUGCAGGCCUUGUGUGCCUACGCAUGGUGGAGGAACUUCUUCACGAACCUGCGAGCGUGCAACUACUGCAUGUCACUGUUCAUGGAUCCCAUUCUCCUCGGUCUUGUUCUGGAAAUGACUGUUCACCCCUGGACUGUCACUGGCUACGAAGCCAACCUCACCCUCGGUCUCAUCAUUGGUGCUACGGAUCUCGCUGUGUUUCUCGACAUGAUCCCCGUCGCCGAGCACCUCUCCCGUCUCUUCUCCCGGUUCAUCGGCAUCCGCAUCUUUGCCCGCGAUCCGUGGCACUCCUCUGUCUCGCUGGAUUGGAUCAUGUACCGUUCCGAAGAACUCGCCGGCGCCUUUGAAUACCUCCUCCGCCACGCCAAUCCCCCAACACUACGGUACAACGCCCACGCCGUGCAGAUCUUGAACCUGUACUGGACCAUCAUCCCCCAGGAGUACUGGCCCAUGACCACGGCCCACUUCUCGGAGGACCUGGCUGACGGACUGGAUGGACACGCGGCGAACGCCCUGCAGGAUUCAGAGAACUGGUUCGUGAGCGAGGUCGAUCAUGUCGUGGGCACCAUGCUGGCGGGUGAUGUCGCGAUCAACCCGGAGUACCCUCGUGAGGGACCUCUGGUCAUUUGGACGCGGCCGGUUCCCGAGGCGACAGCGGCUGUUGAGUUGGCGCUGCGUGCGAUUGCUCGUCGUUGGUUUCGGGACUGGAUGGUGCGUUGUGUUCUGGUUUACAUCGCUUGGGUCGAAAGCUUCGGACUGGCGGUGGCCGAUUUGGAAUAG